UCUCUCUCUCUCUCUCUCUCUCUCAGUGUGAUGUUUGUAUCCUCUGGAUAACGGGAUAAAGUCACCUCAGCUGCUCUACAUCAGGAUGUGUGGCAUGGCGGUGCUGUUAGAUGACGGUGGCUGUGAUGAAGACUUUGACGUGUGUGAUGGGGUCCGGAUGCUCGCUCCUCCUCCUGUGGCGCAGUGUGACGGUGGGGUGUGGGGGCCUCGACGGGGCCGAUGCGAGUGUGUGUUGUGGACGCUGGUCCUGCUGCUGUGGGACGUUCUGCUGCUGCUGGUGUGUGUGGGGCUGAUGGUCCUGGUGUUCAGUCUGAUUCUGCUGCCCGCCGGCCUGCUGCUGUACGCCGGCUUUCUGUGCCACUCGCGGGUGGUGGCGUCUUCGGCUCCUCUCUGCCAAUACCUGGACGACAACAGUUGCUCCGCCCUCAUCAUCCUGGGCUUCGUCAUGAUGUCACCGCUUGUUGUGGUUGCUGCGGCGACGUUCUGCGCUCUUCUCAGGAGGCUCCACCUACUUUUAUAUUUUCAGCCAAUCACAGGAGCCCGGUACCAAGGGCGGGGCUUGUGCUGGAGGCGGGACUUCCACGCCUGGGUUUGACGGACAGGCACACACACCGAUCUCAGGAGUGAGUGACGUCAUGGGACAGCGACGGCGCAUCUGUAAAUGUAACACACUCCGAACCGAGGAUUAUGUGUUUCAGACAAACGAAUCUUUUCACGUGGCCGAGAAAUGAAUAAGAAAUUCAAGAAGCAGUGUUACCGAGAACUAGUAAAAUCGGCUAACACUUUUGUGUCCUUGUUACAUGCACUUACCGUAGUAAUAUCAGUAAAUUAUGCAUAAUUACGUUCAACUAACCCUAAUCCUACCCUAACCCUAUAGUAAGUACAUGCAGUUAAUUAUUAUUAUAUUAUAUACUUCAGUGUUACCGAACUGGUGUUACGGCGGUGUGUAGGGUUAGCCCGUGGAUGUUGAUGUGUACAUCUGUGUGUAAUGUGAAUAAACCGCUGAAAUCAA